AGAGACGGACAAUAAAACGUCUAACGGAUCGAUCCACCCGGGUCAUCUCUCACUUCCAGACUCGGUGCACCGAGGGCACAGGCCGAACCGGGACUGUGGUCCGUUAAAUUGGACCGUUGAGCGUGUCCAAACCGCCACUUGAUGGGAGUUUAAGGCGCAUUUUCUUCUCGUUUCAGCCGCGAUGGAAGCGGAAAGACCGCCCUGUUCCCAGAGGUGCUCCCAGUGAAAAGAGAAAAUCCAGAUCUUUCAUGGUUGUUUCCCUCCACUGCUGCUCACAACAUGAUCAAGAGUUUCAUCCAGCAGGAGGCCUGAGGAGUUAACAUUUUACAGGAUCACAGACCUUUAUUUUUUUGUUCAUUUCUGCCUCAGAGAUGCCCGGCGGCGGGAGGAAACUUUCCUUGCAGGAUUUUAUUGGUGAUAAAUGUGAAUCAGGUCAAACGAGGGGGCAGAAAACGCUCGGCUGACGAACAAGCCCGAGCAGUCGGACUCUUUUUUUGGAUGUCGUUCACCCACGAGGCCUUUCUCCCGCCCGGACCACGUCACAGAUAGCAGCCAAUGUCGGCCGAAAACAGCCCGCCACCGCCGCCACCGGCCUCACCGCGGUCUUUCCCCGUCCUCCCUCAACAUGUGGCCCCGCCCACUCCAUCGCCGUCACCCAGCCCACCUGCCACCCUCUGCAGCCGGCUGUCUGACGGCAGCCAGACGGCCCCCAGCCCCACAAACUCACGGGGAUCCAUCCACGGCGUCUCCUUCCUGCUCCAGAUUGGACUCACCAGGGAGACGGUCACCCUCGACCCCGGAGAGCACUCGCUAUCUGCUGUCAGGGAGCUCGUCUGCUCCAUCGUGGACCAGAAGUUCCCUGAAUGUGGAUUUUUCGGGAUGUACGACAAGAUCCUUCUCUUCCGUCACGACCUGAACUCAGACAACAUCCUGCAGCGGCUGAUGUCAGCGGAGGAGAUCCAUGAGGGCGACCUGGUCGAGGUGGUGCUCUCUGCUCUGGCCACGGCCGAGGAUUUCCAGAUCCGACCUCACACGCUCUACGUUCACUCCUACAAGGCCCCGGCCUUCUGCGACGACUGUGGGGAGAUGCUGUGGGGGCUCGUCAGACAGGGACUCAAGUGUGAAGGAUGUGGACUGAACUACCACAAACGAUGUGCGUUCAAGAUCCCCAACAACUGCAGCGGCGUGAGGAAGAGGCGGCUGUCCAACGUGUCCCUGCCGGGCGCCGUAAUGUCCGUCGCUCGACCACCUUCCACUGAGUUCACCCCGGCGCCGCAGGAGGAGCAGCGCCCCCUCCUGGGUGCCGGGAAGCGUAACUCCCUGCUGAGCGGUCGACCCAUCUGGAUGGAGAAGAUGGUCCUGGGGCGGGUCAAAGUCCCUCACACCUUCUCCGUCCACACCUACACUCGCCCCACCAUCUGCCAGUUCUGCAAGCGCCUGCUGAAGGGACUCUUCCGCCAGGGGAUGCAGUGCAAAGAUUGUAAAUUUAACUGCCAUAAGAGAUGUGCAGCCAAAGUUCCUCGCGACUGCCUCGGUGAGGUCGACUUUAACGGAGAGCCGGCCAGUCCCAGUCUGGACUCCGAGGCCACGAUGGAGGUGGACAACUGUGACAUCAACAGCGACGGAGGCCACAGCAUGGACGAGCAGGACGAGCCGUCCACCCCCGAGGACAAGCUGUUCUUCAUCGAGGGUCCCUGCGUGGACGGCGAGAAAGACGACGAGACGCUCAGAGCCAUCAGCCCGUCCACCAGCAGUAACAUCCCUCUGAUGCGCGUGGUUCAGUCCAUCAAACACACCAAGAGGAAAAGCUCCACAGUGGUGAAGGAGGGCUGGAUGGUGCACUACACCAGCCGGGACAACCUGAGGAAGAGACAUUACUGGAGGCUGGACAGCAAGAGUCUGACUCUGUUUCAGAAUGAAAGUGGAGCCAAGUAUUACAAGGAGAUCCCGCUGUCCGAGAUCCUGCAGGUGGAGCCGGCGCAGGACUUCAGUAGCCUGCCUCAGGGCAGCAACCCGCACUGCUUCGAGGUGAUCACGGCCAACAUGGUGUACUAUGUCGGGGAGGACAACGGCGGCCUGUACCACAACCCCGUCCUGGCGGCGUCCGGUGUGGGGCGGGACGUGGGCCAGAGCUGGGAGAAGGCCAUCCGACAGGCGAUGAUGCCCGUCACGCCCAAGGCCAGUGUCGGCACGGGGCCGGGCCAGGGGAAGGACCACAAGGAUCUUUCUAUCAGCAUAUCAGUGUCCAACUCCCAGAUACAAGAAAAUGUGGAUAUCAGUUCAGUGUAUCAGAUCUUUGCUGACGAGGUCCUCGGCUCCGGACAGUUCGGGAUCGUCUACGGAGGUAAACACAGAAAGACGGGUAGAGACGUAGCGAUCAAAAUCAUUGAUAAAAUGAGGUUUCCCACCAAGCAGGAGAGUCAGCUGAGGAACGAGGUGGCCAUUCUCCAGAACCUCCACCACCCCGGUAUCGUUAACCUGGAGUGCAUGUUUGAGACGCCCGAACAGGUGUUUGUUGUCAUGGAGAAGCUUCACGGCGACAUGUUGGAGAUGAUUUUAUCCAGCGAGAAGAGUCGACUGCCCGAACGCCUCACCAAGUUCCUGGUCACACAGAUCCUGGUGGCCCUCAGACAUCUUCACUUCAAGAACAUCGUCCACUGUGACCUGAAGCCUGAGAACGUCCUCCUGGCCUCAGCAGAACCCUUUCCUCAGGUGAAGCUCUGUGACUUCGGCUUCGCUCGUAUCAUCGGGGAGAAGUCUUUCCGUCGCUCAGUCGUUGGCACUCCGGCGUAUUUGGCGCCUGAGGUUCUUCGCAGCAAAGGCUACAACCGAUCUCUGGACAUGUGGUCGGUCGGCGUCAUCAUCUACGUCAGUCUGAGCGGGACGUUUCCCUUCAAUGAGGACGAAGACAUCAACGACCAGAUCCAGAACGCCGCCUUCAUGUACCCACCCAACCCCUGGAAGGAGAUCUCAGAGGAAGCCACAGACCUGAUCAACAAUCUGCUGCAGGUGAAGAUGAGGAAGCGCUACAGCGUGGACAAAUCCCUGAGCCACCCCUGGCUGCAGGACUACCAGACCUGGCUGGACCUCCGGGAGUUUGAGACCCGCCGCCGCAAGCGCUACAUCACCCAUGAGAGUGACGACGCCCGCUGGGAGGAGUACGCAGACGAGAGAGGCCUGCACUACCCCAAACACUUCAUCAUGUCGCCCAACCUGGACGACAUGGAGGAAGACCCGUAGUGGCUGCGAGAGGGUCGACGUUUCCUGCAAUGAAGCGGCAGACCCCCCCUCCGAGGACUCCCUCAGCAGCUGCAGCGGAUGCUGUGGAGUCCAUGGUGACUGUGACCAUGGAGACCGUGAGCUAUCCCAUGGCGGCCUGUGAUAAAAGGAUUAAGAGGACACAUGGGUCAGGCAGCUCUACGAGGACACUGUGACAUCCUCACUGUGGAGACAAAUCAGGUCCAGAGACAUUUUUCACACAUUUUACCUUUUUCCUAUUUUUGCUACAAGCCAUAACAGACAGACUCAAUGAGCUGAAACCUGAAGAGAUUUAUUUUAUUUUUUCUCAGAUUCAAUAUUUAGUCUCUUAAAUAACUGUCUUCACUGCCAGUUGAGCCACAGAGGGGCUGGAUAAAAACCAAUCCAGAGACUUUAUACACUUUUUCAGCUCAAAUAGAAAAUUGUUAUUAUGUUGUUGUUACACUUCAGAUCUCUUAAAGCUGUGCAGGAAGUCUUUACACAUUUAAUUGAACACAGAAGAAACAAACACGUUAUGUCUUGAAGAUGAUCCGAUUAUAAUGUUGUUUUGUUGUUUCCUGGGAUGUCUUUGCACUAUUGGGAAAAUAUUUUAAAGGAGAAAUUAACUGAUAAUAACUUCUGGUUUGUUCAUCUGCAAAAGUCUAAAAAUUUCCUCUGGUUUCCGAGGUUUUUUCCGGAGAGAUUGAGUUGGACAAAGUCGACAGUCCGGCUGCUCCCUAGUUGAUUUGAAGAGUCUUAGUUGAUUGGUUGGAUGGUCUCAGGGAAAAAAAAUAACUCAUUCAGUCAACAUUGUUUACACCAUUGGUCUCUACAGUAAUGUAACCGAGCGUCUUGGGUUCAACUAACAAAUAAAUAAAACGAUAAAUGGGACACAGAGACGAUGAGCAGCAACAAGCAGGACUCUGCCAACAACUCACACUACAUUAAAUAUCAAAACACAAAGUGUGGGAUCAUUUUGAGAGGAUAAAGAACAACCCCAUGAAGGCAGCAUGCAAACGCUGCAGGCAAACAUUCACCAAACUCAAAUAAGGCUUAUCAUUUGAAACGUGUAUGUAGCCUAACGUUAGCCACUUAGCAUGGCUGCUCGCUCAAACGUUCUCUGUGCUUAUUAUUCUGACACAUUCAGAAUCCUUGAACCUUUUGCUGGUGUCGUUAACAGCUCGCUUUGUGCGUGCACUUAAAUAAGAGUUAUAUUUUAAAGGCUCAUUUGACAGUUUUGUAUCUCUCUGUGAUGUAGCACAGUGUUAGCAGUGUUACUUAUUACAUUCAUUCUCAGCUCUGGACUCUAGCUAUUUUCUCAUAACCCCCAAAAAUAUAUAUUUAAAUCAUUAAAUACGAUAAACAUGGAACAAAUAGUCAACCAUUGGCUUGAACUACCGACUGAUAGUCUUUGGUUGUCUAAAUCCAAAUUAGUGUCACAAUGAGGCUGAAAUGCACAUUAAAAAAUAGAGACAAUAGUCUUCUAACCUCACCACUAGUUGUGAUUCUGACAAUGGGUCACGCUAACUCACCACCUUCGUUGUAGAGAGUCAUUAAACAAUAGCUUUUUCACACACAAACAUUAGCAUGCUAAAUGUCAAAAUGUUUAAGACAGAUUUUGUCAUUUUUCCAACCUGGGUCUUUUUCUCACAAUUGCCGCCAUUUUGACUAUGGGUCAUGGUAACUUUGCUAACUUCUAACUUUCACCACCUCUGCUGUAGAGAUUCAGGAGACAUUACCACUUUCACAUUAACAUUAGCAUGCUAUCAUGCUAAAUAUCAAUAUGGUAAAGAAAAAUUCUGCUAUUUUUUAACCUGGAUAUUAUUUUUUAUAGUAGUAGCUACCUGGACUAUGAGUUAUGCUAACUUUGCACACAGCACCUUAAUUGUAGACAUUUAGUAAACAGACCAAAACAAAACAAGCAGCACAAACCUCUUAAAGCUAGCUUAAACUAGCCUUUUUGAUUAGCUUUUUUAGCUAAUUGCUCAGAGGUUUGCUUCCAGGGAAAUCAAACCGAGCGUGCUAACUUCUAACUCAGGAAAAUGUGUAAUUUAGCAUGUUAGAAUUUUAACAUGCUAACGUUUAGCAUCUUAGCAUUUAUCUGAAAGCACAGUUGAGGUCGGUGGGGAUUCGGUCAGGAAAAGUCAGGAUCUAAACCAAGUCUUUUGGAUUCAUCCUCUGGGGACCAUGAAUGUCUGAACCAAAUUUCACGUCAAUACAUCGACCCACAUUACCGUCACUAAAGCUGCUUAACGGGAAUUUAAAGUUUUUGCUCUAUUUCAAACAGAUGGGAUUAUUUGAAAAAGUCGUCACAGAAGUUUAGAUUCAGCUGUGGGAACAUUAUACUUUUGCAGAAAAACAAAUCCAGUUAUUUUCAGUGAUUCUUUCUUAAAUUUAGAUGAAGACGAGCUGAGAAUCGAGCUGCUAAUGUCUCUUUGUUUUUCUGUGGAAACCUGUCAAAAAAAAAAAAAA